UUUAUCAUCGGGCCCCCUUAAUUUCCAUGCCCAUUAAGAAGGGGAUAGGAAAAUUGUUCCUUAAAUUGGCCUUGAGUGUGGUGUAGCGAAGAAUCAGUUAGCAAACAAAUACAAACUAAGAAGAGAGUAUGUGAAAAGUUGGUCACGCUGCUGUGGGUUGUGACACCACACGGAUUUGACGCUCGUCGCUGUCAACGCUAUGGUGAUUAUAUUACAAAGAAUUUAUUUAACAUCUCAGACUGGGUGAAGUAUCGAAGAAGGCGUCAACCAUUUGGCGACAUCUUUAUCAGAUUUCUCGGUGAAAGUGCAAUGAAAUAAGGUCUUAGAACAAUGAUGAGCGAUCAGUUUCGCAGCAAAGUGGAGCAAUACUCGCCAAAAUCUUCACCAAGAGGUGCCCGUUCUCCUGUCGUUUCGCGGCAGGAUUCAACGGGCACUUUAAAAACAACCAUUUCGCUUGGAAAAAAUCCAUCUAUCGUUCACAGUGGACCGUUUUAUUUGAUGAAAGAACCUCCUGGAGAAAGCGAAUUAACGGGAGCUAGAAAUUUAAUGGCCUAUUAUGGCCUAGAACACUCAUAUAGUAAAUUUAGUGGGAAAAAACUCAAGGAGCAAUUAUCCUCAUUUUUGCCAAAUUUACCCGGUAUUAUCGAUACUCCUGGUGAUCAAGACAAUAGUUCUUUAAGAUCUGUGAUUGAAAAGCCACCGAUCGGUGGUAAAGAACUUCUUCCAUUGACGAGUGUACAGUUAGCUGGUUUUAGAUUACAUCCCGGCCCGUUGCCUGAACAAUACCGUUAUAUAAAUCAAGCUCCACAAAGAAAGCAUAAAAAUAAACAUAAAAGGCAUAAACAUAAACCUGGCGAAGUACCCAGUGGACAAGAGACAACGGUAACUGACAUUGGUGGUGCCGAUACUCACGAAAAGAAACAUAAAAAGCAAAAGCGUCACGAUGAAGAGAAAGAAGCAAGAAAGAAGCGCAAAAAAGAAAAGAAACGGAAAAAGCAAAAACACAGUCCCGAACAUUCUGGAGGAUUGACACCGUCGCAACAUUCAAAUUCGUGAUCGUUAAGUGAUCAUUUCUGUUCAUCAAACAUUGCGUACAAAGAGUCUUCCUCUUUAUCAAAUAUGGCAUUUGUAUAAUUUAUUACAAGAAAAUUA